UGCUACACAUCGCCCAUUACUACAGCCACUUGGGUAAGAGCAGGGAACAGUUAUUUAAAAUCUGCCAAGGACUUUUCCAUUUAUUCUGUACCACCUACUUGCUGCCAGGCCUCAGUCUCUGGCUAGUCUAAGUGAUUACAUAUUUUAUUUUUAUGUUCUUCUUUUCUUAUUUUUAGGUAACUGUGGUAAACCACCAGAGUUCGAGUCUAUGAGGUUAAGGGGUAACCCUAAACCUUCAUAUUCUCCAGGGGAGAGAAUAUUUUAUGAGUGUAAACCAGGAUACUCUUACUCAUAUUAUUUUACACUCAGUUCCUUUUGUGAGAAAAAUAACACAUGGCUCCCUAUUGAUGAAGCUUGUUACAGAAAACAGUGUCCAGUCCCCAAAAUUGAAAAUGGUGAAGUAUAUGAAGAGGUAGACCCACCACUGGGCUUUUCUUUUGAUAGAGACGCUUACUUUUAUUGCAACUACGGUUAUUACUUAGUAGGUGAACCAAUUAUAACUUGUAAACUUAAUGGAGACAAAGUGUAUUGGAACCAUGAUAUCCCAAAAUGUGAAAAGAUUUUGUGUAAGGCUCCUGGAAAAAUAAAAAAUGGAAAAUUCACAAAUAGCUGGAGGGAUGUAUUUGAAUUUAAUGAAGGAGUAACUUAUAGUUGUGAUCCUUCACAUGGACCACAGGAGUAUUCACUUGUUGGAGAGAACAGGCUAACUUGUUCUGGGCCUGGCAAAUGGAGUAGCGACCCUCCUGAAUGUAAAGUGGUUCAGUGUGAACAGCCAGAUCUCAAAAAUGGAAAACCAUUAUCAGAAAUGAAAGAAAAAUUUUUCUACAAAGAAGAGGUUUUAUUUGAAUGCGUGGAGGGUUUCUACCUUAAUGGCAGUAACCCAGUGUUCUGUGGUGGAAACAGUACUUGGGAGCCUGAGAUGCCAACGUGUAUUAAAGGUUUCAAGACAACCAGGCCUUCCGUUUUGAAUUAUCCAGGAUAUCCCAAACCUCGUGAAUCACCAACAAUUGAAGAGAUUGUGGAAUUAGAUCCAGGAAUCAUUGCUGUAAUUAUUCUUACUGUACUUGUCGCCCUUGCAGUAGUGUGCACCUGUGUAUACAAAUGUCUUCGCAGAGAGAAGAAAGUAUAAAUUAAACAUGUUUCUUCUAA